AUGCAAUUUGAUGGAGUUUUUCCAGAUGGUUGUGACUCUGCAACCUCCUCAGUGAAGAAAACCUUUUUUGAAACGUCGUCGUUUCCUUCUCCAUGGUGGCGCAAAGCUUCCGCAACUAAGAGCAAGCCAAACUUCUCUGAAAAAGUUAAGAAAACCCUAUUUUUAAUAAGGGAAUUUAGUGGUGAAGAUUUGAAGAUUGAAGGAAAUGUGUAUGAUGGAAAGAAACCCAGAUGUAAUCUGUUUUCUGAUGAGAAAUCGAAGAACACCCACUUUCCAAAAAUGGAAACUAAAACUGGGAAUUCGAAGGUGAAGGAAAAUGUUGAUGAUUCUGAUGUUCAAUCCAAACGUGAUGACAAAUCGAAGAAAUCGCCAUUGUUAGGGAAGGAAGAUGAAGGAGAGAGAAUGAGGGUUUUAGCAACUCUUAAGAUGUUUAGAGAAAAAUGCAAGGAAAUUUCACAAUCAAAAGAUGCAAUUUCGAAGAAGAUAAAUAGGAUUGAUUUUAGGGCUAAAGAAGCGUUAAGAAAAGAAGGGAAACUGAGAAUUUGUUCUAGCAAAAUUCUGGGUUCUGUACCUGGUGUUAAGGUAGGAGAUCAAUUCGAGUAUCGAGUUGAACUCAAUAUUAUUGGACUUCAUGUGGCUAAAGAAGGGUAUGCAGAUAAAAUGAGUGAUUAUGAAGUGAUUACUUAUAUGGGUGAAGGUGGCAUUGUUAAGAAUAAGGAGGGUGUUUUCUUUACUGAUCAGAAGCUUACUAGGGGCAAUCUUGCAUUGAAGAACAGUAUGAUUGCGAAAACCGAGGUUCGUGUCAUAAGGGGGCUUAAGAUUGCAGCUAAGUUUGGGAAUUGGAGGAAUGAAACAGUGACUUAUAUCUAUGAUGGGUUGUAUAGAGUUGUGAGCUAUGAGAAGAAGGUCGGACCGAGUAAGAAUAUGGUUUUCGAGUUCAAGCUGAAGAGGUGCCCUGGACAGGCUGUUGUUCCUUGGUUUAAGUUCAAGAAUGCUUGA